AAAAGACGGUUGCAAUCAAAAGGUAAAACCCCUAUAUAUGAAGGCCUGAUAUUGUUAAACCUUCAUGCACGGUUUUCCUUCCGCCAUUGCAACACCUCUUCUAUUCUUUUACUAAUUCUUCACAUUUUUUUUCUGUUCAUCCUCGAUUCUUUAUAAAACUAUAAACAACUUCAAAACCUCACUAUUCUCUCCUCUCUCUCUACAAAAAAUAAAACUAAAUACCCAAAAUAAAUAUACCGUCGCCCCGCCUGCACCUGCCGCCUGCCCGCCUGCACCUCCGGCCAGCCGACUACCGUCUACCCCUGCUCCCUGCGGCUGCCUAGUGGCUGGUUCGGUGGUUCCUAUUUCACAUUCAUUAACAAAAACCCUAAAAAUCAAAAUUUUGAUUUUUUAAGCACAGGGCUUUCGAAAUGUGUGAAACGACAUUGGAGAAAAGCAAAGUGGCAGAAGAAGCUUGUAUGCUUCGCUUUUAUAAGAUUGUUCUGAGUUGGGAUUACUUUCGCAUUCGCAAAUUAUCUCAGAAAUCUAGCAAAGAAUUAAGUAAGGGUCUAAGGGAGGUGAAGGAUACAUAUAAGGAUGUUGAUGAUUACUUAGCAACGUUUGAGCCUCUUCUUUUUGAAGAAGUUAAAGCACAGAUUGUCCAAGACAAAGACGAUGAGGAGGAAGAGGAAACACUGUUGCUUGAGCAGAAGAUGUGUGUGUUGAAGGAAUGCAGCAAUUUGGAUGGGUUUUACUUCCCCACAGUAGUUUAUGCCUUGAAUGACAAGGAAUUCGUUUUUCAAAAUGACCUUUUGUUACUUUCCAAAGAGAAGUUUGGAGUGGACAAAAUUCCUAAUACAUAUGCAUUUGCAUUGGUGGAGCAUCGUCAACAAGAAUCUCUUAGACUUAGAAUGUUUUUACAAGGAGAAGUUCAGGGAAUUGAUGUUGAUAAAAUUGCGUCUAGUAAGAGACUAAAUAAAAUGCAGACACGUCUCAGUGAAGACAAGUCCUUUCUAUUCAUUUCAAAGAUAUGUAGUUUAUCUACUAUUGUUCGUGAGUUUGUUGCCAUGCGGUCCAUUUGCUCACUUCCCUUCAAGGAUGUUAUUUUGCGGGCUUCAGAUAGUAACAUCAAUACAACAGGGCUUGCCUGGAAGGUUCCUAACAAGUUGAUGGAAUCAAUUGAAAAUAAUCAUAAUGAGUCUCAAUUGGAGGCUAUUCGUGCAGGACUAUCUCGGAAACCAUUUGUCCUGAUACAGGGCCCUCCAGGGACCGGAAAGACACAAACUAUACUUGGGCUUCUUAAUGCCAUUCUACAUUCUGUUCCAACAAGAACAAGAAUCGAUGCAGAUGAUAAGCCACAUGACUUGAAGCGGCCUCGAGAAAUGUCUUUUGAGGAGAAGCUUUAUCAUUGGCGACUAGCUUCUCCAUUGACUGGGGUCAAUCCACGAGACACAAACAUGCCGGUUAAUGGUGAUGAUGGUUAUUUUCCAACAACCGGAAAUGAACUGAAACCAGUAGUGGUAGUUUCUAGUCGAAAAUAUCGUGUUCGUGUGCUGGUUUGUGCCCCGUCAAAUUCUGCCCUUGAUGAAAUUGUGUUGCGAGUUCUACGUACAGGGGUUCGUGAUGAAAAUGACCGCGCUUAUAAUCCUAAGAUCGUACGCAUUGGCCUUAAGGCCCAUCAUUCAGUACAAGCCGUCUCCAUGGAUUAUUUGGUGGAGCGAAAGCUAGCUGGCUUGGAGGGCCAUUUGGAUAAGCAAAAGCAAGGAAUUGCUGGAAGUGAUAGGGAUAGCAUCCGUGCCUCAAUAUUGGAUGAAGCUGUGAUUGUUUUCUCUACUCUCAGCUUCAGUGGUUCAAACAUUUUUUCCAAAAUGAACCGUACUUUUGACAUUGUUAUAAUAGACGAAGCUGCUCAAGCAGUUGAACCGGCAACUCUUGUGCCUCUGUCAACAGGGUGCAAGCAGGUGUUUUUGGUUGGUGAUCCAGUUCAGUUGCCUGCUACUGUGAUUUCUCCUGUGGCUGAAAAGCUGGGAUAUGGUACAAGCUUGUUCAAAAGAUUACAGGGGAGUGGCUAUCCAGUGACGAUGCUCAAGACACAAUAUCGUAUGCAUCCUGAGAUACGGAACUUCCCUUCCCGAGAAUUUUAUGAUAAUGCACUGGAAGAUGGCGCUGAUGUGGAAGAGCAGACAAAACGUGCUUGGCAUGAUUAUCGCUGCUUCCGUCCUUUUUGCUUUUUUGAUAUAAAGGACGGGGAAGAGUCGCAGCCUACAGGAAGUGGAUCUUGGGUAAAUGCAGAUGAGGUUGAGUUUGGACUACUCAUGUACCAGAAAUUGGUGGCUAAAUAUCCAGAGCUCAAGUCAAGCUCCAGAGUUGCUAUUAUUUCCCCUUACAGGCUUCAAGUUAAGCUCUUUCGUCAACGUUUCCAAGAAAUGUUUGGGAUUGAUUCCGAAAAAGUAGUAGACAUAAAUACCGUUGAUGGUUUUCAGGGACGGGAAAAGGAUGUUGCAAUAUUUUCAUGUGUUAGGGCUAGCAAAGAUAAGGGCAUCGGAUUUGUUGCUGAUUUUCGGCGUAUGAAUGUCGGUAUCACCAGAGCUCGUUCUUCCGUCCUGGUUAUUGGUUCUGUAUCAACACUGAAGAGGGAUAAGCAUUGGAGCAACCUUGUAGAUGCUGCUGAGAAGAAUGAUUCCCUAUUUGAGGUAUCUAAGCCUUAUGCAGCAUUCUUUAGCGAUGAACACUUGAAAUCGAUGGAGGUUAAGGUUGAGCCUGAUGUUUUCGAUGAACAAAUGUUACAAUAUGGAUCUAUAUAUGGUGAUGCUGAUAACCCUGCUCAACCAAUGGAUGAAAAUUUUGAUGGAGAUGGAGGCUUUGGUGAUGGUGGUGAUGACGAUUAGCGACUGUAAAAUCUUUCUAAUAUUUAUUUAAAAUUAUUAUUUUUUAGAGCUAGUGAAGUAUCAUUUUUAUUACUUUUAGGACUUUGUAUUAUUUAGUCAUCCUAUUCAAUAGUUACAAUAUAUUUUUAUUGUCAUACUAACUUUGCUAUGUUUCUAAUUUUGUUUAUAGUCCACUUGUUUUUUUCUCUUCUAAUAAACCGAAAAUUUAUUUUGCUGCAAACAAACAUUGUAUAGUAAAAAUUAGAGAGAUGAAUUGAGAAUUGGUCUUGUCUCUGAAGAAGCAUAUCCUACUAUCUCCGGAUAAUUGUUA